AUGGAAACUGUAACACUUAAAGGAGGGCCAUUUUCAUUCGGCUGUUCAGUUAUUCUGUUAUUAUGUCUGCAACUUCAACGAGAAUAUGUCGGAGCUCAGGUGAGGAAAUGUGACAAUAACAAAUUUGGCUACGAAUGUAGAUUCCAGUGUAGAUGCCAACGUAAUGAGUCUUGUAAUGCUACAAAUGGAAUUUGUCCCUCAGGAUGUGCAGACGGUUUCUGGGGUUCAAACUGUCAAUUAUCAAGUGAAUGUUAUUACAAUGGCCAUAGUGAAAAAUACGAAGGAACCAAAUCAGUUGCUGGUGAAUCAAAUGUCUGUGAAAAAUGGCGCCAUAAGGAGCACAAUUACUGCAUACCGCUCAGCGAUUCUAAACCUUGGUGUUACACCUCUGCUGGCUGGCGUUACUGCAAGUUAAAUAAUUGUAUGUGUCCUCCUGGGCUUUUCGGAGUAAAUUGUAUCAAGGAGUGCCAUUGCAAAAAUGCUUCUGAAGUGUGCAAUCCGUAUUCAGGUUCUUGCAAUAGCUGCGGUCCAGGAUGGAAAGGAAGAUACUGUAGCCUAAAAUGUGAGAGCGGAACUUUUGGGGACAAUUGCCAGCAAAUAUGUCACUGUGCAGAAAUUUCUCAAUGUCGCCGAACGGACGGCAAAUGUCUUUACGGCGGAUGUGUCGCAGGCUACACCGGAGGGAACUGCCAAAAAGAAUGUGACUUCGGUACGUUUGGCAGCGGCUGUGACCAGAAAUGUCAUUGCGCCAAUAAUUCACAAUGUAGUAAAACCGAUGGCAAAUGUCUUGAUGGUGUUUGUGCAGCAGGAUACAUUGGACAUCAUUGUCAAACAUCUUGCCCGGUCGGGAAAUUUGGUGAAAAAUGCCAGGAGGUUUGCCAGUGCAAGAAUCUCAGUUCGUGUAACAACACCAAUGGACGAUGUGCUGACAAUAAAUGCAAAUUUGCCUAUCGAGGACCAAAAUGCGAUCAACUUUGUCCGGUCGGGAAAUUUGGUGAAAAAUGCCAGGAGGUUUGCCAGUGUAAGAAUCCCAGUUCGUGUAACAACACCAAUGGACGAUGUGCCGACAAUAAAUGCAAAUUUGGCUAUCGAGGACCAAGAUGCAAUCAACGUGACUUAACCAUGAUAGUCUUGUUGCUGCUGAUUCCUCUCCUGAUUUUGAUUGCAAUUAUCAUCGGGCUUAUCUUUUACCUAAAAAAAAGAAAAUCAAACAAAACCAUUGACUGCGACGAACUGAAGUCUGUAGACAACGUUUCUAUGAGCCAAGUUGAACAUUUGAACUUAGCAUACGAUGAGACUGAAGCAGGGAAUAUUUACCAAAAUACAGUGUCGUUGGCAAAAGACAACAUCUUGUUGUAUAUUGAAAGAAAUAAAAUGGAAGAAGAACCGUUUGCGAAUGAGUUUUCGAGGCUGCCGCAGGGUCUUAUCUUUCCUCACGAUGCGGGAAUUUUGGAAGUGAAUACUAAAAAGAACCGCUACAAAACAUUAGUUCCAUAUGACUCUUCAAGGGUUGUCCUUUUACCAGAUGAAAUAUCAAAUUCAGAUUAUAUUAAUGCCAGUUACAUCACUGAAGGAAAGAAAUAUAUUGCUACUCAAGGACCGAUAACCGGGACGACUAACGAUUUUUGGAAAAUGAUUUGGCAGGAAAAAUGUAACACAAUUAUUAUGUUGACUGACCUGAUUGAAAAUUGUAAGUUGAAAUGUGUGCAGUACUGGCCAGAUCUAAACCAUACAGAAACUUACGGAAAAUUCAAAAUCCACUGCGUUCAAGAAAAAAAAUACAUGAUUUACACUUAUCGGCUGCUUUCAAUCAGUAAGGCAAGUAGUUUGUCACAAGAAGAAAGUUUUAUAGACCAUUUCCAAUGUACAACCUGGCCUGACCAUGACGUGCCCGAAGACCCAAUAUAUUUCAUCGAAUUCAGAAAUAAAAUACGGCAUAUGAAGUCAUCAAAGCCACCAUAUGUUGUACAUUGUAGUGCUGGUGUCGGGCGGACGGGAACGUACAUAGCAUUAGACAUUCUUUUGGAAAAACUGUGGAAGAAUUCAACUUUAGAUGUUUUCAGCUGUGUGAAUGAACUUCGUCAGCAAAGACCAUUAAUGGUACACCGAAGAAUUCAAUAUCAAUUUAUUUACGAUGUUUUGGCUGAAGACCUUCUGACUGGCUUAUCUGAAGUUGCAACGGAAUUUAUCCCCAAGGAAUUUCGAAGGAUGCUUCGUAGAGAAGACGAUGUGAAGUCGCCACUUUUGGAACAGUAUGAGAAUUUAUUGUUACCGCUGGGUGAACCAAGAAAGGAUUUGUCUGACCAGAAAGAAUCAAUAUAUAAAAAUGUUGGGAAAAAUAACGAUGGAGACAACGCCGACGAUGAAUUCCUCCAGACAGCUUAUUUGGACGGUUUCACAAUGAUGAAUGAAAUUAUUUUAACCACGCAACCCACUGAAAAACUUACGGAGGAAUUUUGGAACAUUGUCUACGAAAAGAGGUGCACCGCCAUUAUCAUGUUUGAAGACUUAUUUAACGUUGUUUCAGCGUAUUGGCCAGAUGAGCAAAAAUGUCCCAAACAGUAUGGAAACAUUAUAGUGGAACUUAUGUAUUUGAAUGAAACAGAAACCUCUUUUCAAAGACAAUUUAAAGUUUCUUCCACAGAAAAAGCCACCAUCGGAAGCGUUAUGGUAAAUCACUUUCAAUCAAAAAUCUGGCUUAGCAAUCCACCUCCUUCACAGACAGAAAUAAUUGAAUUAAUUCAAACUGUGAGUGGUUAUAUCAAACCACAAAAACAAAUUAUUGUACAUUGCCAGGAUAAUUUCAGUAAAAGUGGACUCUUUUCAGUCCUGUAUGUCAUGAUUCAAGGGCUGAAGACUGACCCCUACAUCAGCAUUUUGAGACUUGUGCGACGUAUGAAGAAGAAAAAUGCCGAUGUUGUCGUAGACUACAGGUCAUAUGAAUAUUGCUGGAUGGUUGCAAAUGUGUUCCUCGGAGAACUUUCAAUUUAUUCAAACAUCUAG